CCCCAGCAGUUGGCAAUGGAGACUACCUCGGUGUGCGGGACUACCCAGCGGGUCUGAACCCGAGCCUUAGGGGUACGCAGAGCUUCAGGGCGGCCAUGGAAGCGACUGGUAGCGAAGACGCCAUCAGCUUUCAAGAUGAAGCUGUGGAUAAAAGCGUAUUUAAGGACUGCAACAAAAUUGGUUUCUACAGACGUCAGAAGCUACUCCCAAGGAAGAAUACCUAUCGGGCAUUACUGGACUCAGUCACAUCAGGCAAAGACAGCUCCAAAUUCCAGAUCAUCAAUGAAGUGAAUAAGGUUCCUCUCUUGGCUGAAGUCUAUGGAAUAGAGGGAAAUAUUUUCAGGUUAAAAAUCAAUGAAAUGGCUCCCUUGAAACCAAGGUAUGAAAUCUCCGAUGUCCUCAUACAGAAGCCAGCUACCAAAAGGCUGACGCCAUGCCCAGGGGAUACAGGUACUCUGGUGCUGAAAGAUGACUCAGGAAAUCUGAAGUUUCACAUCUCAGCGAACCCCUUCAAGAUAGAUCUGUCUUCUGAAGAAGAGCCCGUGUUAAGCAUCAAUUCCACGGGCAGGCUGUACUUUGAACAUUUGCAGAUGCCACCCAAACACAGAAUUUCCAAAGAAAGUGAAGAAGAUGUGAUGACUGAUCCUUCCCAGGAAAGUCAAGAUGACCUGGGCCUUUGGCAAGAGAAAUUUGGCAAAUUUGUGGAUAUCAAAGCCAAUGGCCCCAGCGCCAUAGGCCUGGACUUCUCCAUGCAUGGAUUCGAGCACCUCUACGGGAUCCCACAACAUGCAGAGACCCAUCAGCUCAAAAACACAGGUGCCUCAGAGGCUUACCGCCUUUACAACCUGGACGUCUAUGGGUACAAGAUACACGAUAAAAUGGGUGUCUAUGGCUGCGUGCCCUAUCUCCUGGCACACAAACGAGGCAGAACGGUGGGCAUUUUCUGGCUGAACGCCUCAGAAACCCUGGUGGAAAUCAAUACACAGCCUACAGUGGAACAUAUGCCAUCCCAGGAAGGCUCAGUUUUGGCGAAGCAGAAAGUCAGGGUUCGAACUGACGUGUGUUGGAUGUCAGAGAGUGGAAUUAUUGAUGUUUUUCUGUUAAUGGGACCAACCCCUGCUGCAGUCUUCAAACAAUACUCAGUACUUACAGGCACACAAGCCCUGCCUCCACUCUUCUCCUUGGGAUACCAUCAGUGUCGUUGGAACUACGAUGAUGAACAAGACGUCAAGGCUGUGGAUGCUGGGUUUGACGCCCAUGACAUCCCUUAUGACGUCAUAUGGCUGGACAUAGAACAUACCGAGGGCAAACGGUACUUCACAUGGGACAAAAAGAAAUUUCCAAAUCCUAAAAGGAUGCAAGAGCUGAUCAGGAGUAAAAAACGCAAGGUCGUGGUCAUUACUGACCCCCACAUCAAGGUUGAUCCCAAGUACUCAUUGUACUCUCAGGCAAAAGACAAGGGUUAUUUUGUGAAAAAUCACAAAGGUGGAGAUUUUGAGGGUGUAUGUUGGCCUGGAGCCUCUUCUUACCUAGAUUUCACCAACCCCAAGGUACGAGAAUGGUAUUCAGGUCUUUUUGCCUUCUCUGAAUAUCAGGGUUCUACUGACAUCCUCUUUAUAUGGAACGAUAUGAAUGAGCCUUCUGUCUUUAGGGGGCCAGAGCUAACCAUGGAGAAGAAUGCCAUUCAUUAUGGCAACUGGGAACACAGAGACCUUCAUAAUAUGUAUGGCUUUUACCAGCAAAUGGCUGCAGCAGAAGGCCUGAUCCAGAGGUCUAAUGGGGAGGAGAGACCCUUUGUUUUGACCCGUUCUUUCUUUGCUGGAUCACAGAAGUAUGGUGCAGUAUGGACAGGAGACAACGUAGCAGAGUGGGAUUACCUGAAAAUUUCCAUCCCAAUGUUGCUGACUCUCAGUGUCACUGGCAUUGCUUUUUGUGGAGCUGAUGUAGGUGGAUUUAUUGGAGACCCAGAGCCAGAGCUGCUGGUACGCUGGUACCAGGCUGGAGCCUACCAGCCCUUCUUCCGAGGCCACGCCACCAUGGACACCAAGCGGCGUGAACCGUGGCUAUUUGGAGAGGAAAAUACCCAGCUCAUCAGAAAAGCCAUCAGAGAGCGCUAUGCCCUCCUGCCUUAUUGGUAUUCCUUGUUCUACCACGCGCAUGUGGCUUCUGAACCUGUCAUGAGGCCCCUCUGGGUAGAAUUCCCAAAGGAAUUAGAAACUUUUGAUGUGGAAGAUGAGUACAUGUUAGGAAGUGCUUUGCUAAUACAUCCAGUCACAGAACCAAAGGUCACAAUGGUUGAUGUGCUUCUGCCUGGGUCUGAGGAGGUCUGGUAUGACUUUCGGACAUUUGUUUGUUGGGAAGGAGCACGUACCCUGAAGUUCCCCGUAGCCUUGGAUAGCACACCAGUGUUUCAGCGGGGUGGCAGUGUGAUACCCAUGAAGACUGCCAUAGGGAGAUCCACAGGGUGGAUGACCCAUCUCCCGUAUGAGCUCCAGGUUGCUCUGGACUCCAAGGGUUCUGCAAGAGGUGAACUCUACCUUGAUGAUGGACAUUCAUUCCAAUACCUCCAUCAAAAGCAGUUCCUUCAUAGGAAGUUUUUAUUCUGUGCAGGUGUUUUGUCUUCCAGCUGUGCAGAUGAAAAUGGUCAUUACCACAGCGAGUGUGUGGUGGAAAAAAUCGUGAUCCUAGGCUUCAAUAAGCAACCUUCCUCUGUGACUGCCAGUUCUCCUGACAUGGCAGACAAGCAAAUGGCUUUUACCUACUGCUCCAAGACCUCUGUGCUUCGCCUAGAAAAACUUUCACUGAAUAUUGGCACCGAUUGGGAAAUCCAUGUCAAGUAA